GUUUGAUUUCCCCCGACCUCCCUCCCCUCCCCGUUCCUCAGCAUCCUCCCAGCCAGCCGUAGCCCUGCCUGCCUGCCUUCAUCUUGCAGAUGGCUAACGUGCCGCCGUGUUAGGAAAACUGUGCACAACACAUCCCAGCGCCGGGGAGGAGGAAGCCUUUCAGAUACCGGCGGAAGGGGGGGUGGGGGGGUGCGUGUGGAGGAGCGAUGCCGGGGCCGAGGGCUGCUCCCGGUGCUGCCUAGCGGAGUGCAAGGCCGGCGGCGGGUCCUGCCGGGCUGGGCUGCCCCCGCCGCCCCGGAGCGCCGGGGAGGGAGGGAGGCAUCGCCGCGCUGCGCUGCCGGGCUGCCAGCGCAGACCACAGAAGCAGGCGAGUGAAUGGCAAGGCUGGCAACGAGAAGCCGAGGUGUUUCCGAAGCCAAGAUGUCAGUGACUGUCGGCGAAGUCUGCUAAGGGAGAGCCCCGUGCGUGCGGCGCGUCCAGCCCCCGCCGGGCAGGUUCUGUUUCAGGCAAGAUUUCAACCGGCGGCAGCAGCAGCAGCGACAACAGAUUGCUCCCCCCUCUUGCUCCCUCCCCUUCGACCCCGCUUUAAACCCGAGCAAGUGACUGACCGUCCAGACGAUGAUGCUCUUGCUGAGCCACUGACAAAGAAAAGGCAAGUCACCCGUUCCUGAAACGGGGAUAACCGGCUGCUUGCAAGCGGGAGAUCUCUAGCUGUUGAACUUUUCUGUCCCGUGAUGAUGCUGUGGUGAGCCUGCUGGUCUGAAAGCCAUCUCUUCUGGAUUUCUGAGCUGACCAGAUUGAAAGAGAUUAAUGGACUGAUCAGCUGCGGCUCUCAGGUCUCUUCAGGGCGGUAUAUCCCUUCAGCCCCUGCCGCUCGAGUGCUUGUGGUGAGGGGAACAAGACAUCUUUGUAUAGGUGGGUCACUGGCUUGCUCCUGUUCAAGGUGGAAGGCUGCGCUUCUCCUCGCCAGGUCUCCUCCGCAGAGAAGAGGCAGAUGAGACUCCAGGACUGCCUCCAGGGCAGAACUUUGUAGCGCUGUCGGCAGUCCUCUGCAGCGUGGAUGUGAGCCACAGGAGUUGGGGAUGUUUGAGGCAGUCUCUGCCAAGUGACACCUAGCAGCUGCUCCGGAGGUUUUUGCGUGGUCUCACACUUCAGGGCUUUGCCAGUUGUGAAGAUGUCCAUGGUGUUUCUGUGAGGCUGAGGUAUGGCUGCUGGAAGGUUACUGCUCUAUGCUGGCCUCUCUUUAGCUCUGUGUGCCCUGGGCAUGCUGGCUGUGGCAAUCUGCUCUGACCAUUGGUACGAAACUGAUGCCAGGAAGCACAGAGAGAGGUGCAAGAGCAUCACCACUAAGAGAAAUGAUCCUGGCUUCAUUUAUAACUCCAACAACAACCUGCCUCUCAGGGCCAGCAGGUCUAGGUUGGACCGCUGGGAAGGGAAACUCCUCUUGGCAAGAAACAGGAGGCAGAUCUUUGCUAUGAGCGCAGUUGACGAGUGCAACAGACAGUACAACUCAACCAACAUGGGGCUCUGGAGGAAAUGCCACCGACAAGGAUUCGACCAAGAGCUGGAGGAGCUGAUUGCCAAAGGAGCAAUUGAGCGGUGCACGUACAUCAAGUACCACUACUCCUCAGCGACCAUUCCCAAGAACCUUACCUACAACAUCACCAAGACAAUCCGCCAGGACGAGUGGCAUGCCUUGCAUCUGCGUAGGAUGACAGCUGGCUUCAUGGGCAUGGCUGUGGCCAUCAUCCUCUUCGGAUGGAUUAUUGGGGUGCUGGGGUGCUGUUGGGAUCGAGGCCUUAUGCAGUAUGUGGCGGGGCUUCUCUUCCUCAUGGGAGGAACCUUCUGCAUCAUUUCACUGUGCACGUGCGUGGCUGGAAUCAACUUUGAGCUCUCCCGCUACCCCCGCUACCUGUACGGACUUCCCGACGACAUCAGCCAUGGCUAUGGCUGGUCCAUGUUCUGUGCGUGGGGGGGCCUGGGCCUCACUCUUAUCUCUGGCUUCUUCUGCACUCUGGCCCCUUCUGUCCAACCUGUCCCCAGGACCAACUGCCCCAAAUCUAGACCUGAGAAUGGGACAGUGUGCUAAAACAAAUAGCAAACAAAUACACACACACACACACACACACACAUAUAUAUAUGUCUAUGUAUAUGUAUACCUAUACAUGCAUAUAUAUGUAUAUAUAAUUAUAUAUAUAUAAUCUCAAAUUAAUGCCAGUGCCAAGGUAAAGCUGAGUCCAACAUGGCACUCACAUGUCCACCGGACUCUGUGUUGCUUCGUUCUUUCUCACAGCGAUGGGAAAGCUUUUCUCUCACAUGGCUCUUCCAUCCGACUCUUAACUUCAGCAUCAUACCUUAGAGGUCGAAUGAACAUAUAGUUGCACCUGCCCACUGCCAUUUGGGAAGGGGAACAGGGGGUCCGUGUGGGGGAUCUGGAACCAGAAAUCUGUACAGGACAUGGAGGGUGGGUGGGAGGACAAAAGCCUGUCCAUUGCAGCCAGAAGGGAAAAUGCAAACAGCAAGUGAAAGAGCAAAUCAAGCAUUUCAGCCACCUCUACAACAUACCUCCUCAAGGUCAUUCCCAGAAACCCACCCACUUUCUUCUUCUUUCUUAAAACAAAAUGACAGAAGCCUGCCCUGUCAUUGGUUUUGGGCUUUUUUUGGUUUUGUUUUUGUUUUUCUUAAAACAUAGAAAACAAAAUGGACAGAACGUGUGGGGAAAAGCAGAAAAGCAUUUUUUCUCUUUGCCUGCCAAACUUUAGAGAGAAGCAAACAAGUGAAAAUAUAAUAAUAAUAAUAAUAAUAAUAAUAAUAAAGAGAUCUAACAAAAUAAAAACAGAAAGCGACAACAAAAAAACCAACUCCAUGAGGACAUCUCAGCGGACUUUCCAACAAUGCGGUUUUAAUCUUCCAGCUGCCUUACAUCCAGGCUUACAACUGAGGCUGAACUGCUAACGUAAAUGCAGCAGAAGGCCUUUUGAAAAUGCUGUGAUACAUGUGUGUAUAGAUUUUUCUUCCCUCUUCUUUUAUUUAUUUUUUUUUAAGAAAACAAAAAAUUUAAAACAUUGCAAUGUGAUUGUCCACUAAGUCAUCCAUGCUGUGUUUGUGGCCCAAGACUGAGGCACCGCAACUACAGAAGCGUGAGGAAAGCUGUCAGGUCUGAGACGGCAUGUCUCCUCUGGUGGAUUUCAGGAUGGUUUUUUUGUUUUCAUGGAGCAUCUAAAAAGUUCGGGAUGGCGGAUCCAAGGGAAGACUGACCAAGGAAAAGGGAGGUGGGGGAAGCCCUGACAGUUGUUCUUCCCAGAUAUCUGCUGGAGUGGGAUUUCAUCGAGUUUCCAUUUUGGAUGUUUAAGACAACGGGGCAAAAGCCAUUGCCGAGGAGGAAAGGGCAGCUAAUUUUUAUAAGGGAGAAGUAAGAGACGCCUCUCAUUGUGUUCAUGUAUGACAAAUAAGACCUUCCCACAUCUUGUCUUUGGAAACUGCCCUGGUUCACUGGACAUCUCCACUCUCCAUCUGGGAGAACUGUGCACAGAUGGAAGCGAAAGGGUCAGAUGCAGAGAACAGAGAUCCAUUUCCCAUAAGUUCAAGUGUUGUAUGAUAUAAUUGCGAAUCUGCAAAUGUGACUUUCUCUCUUUUUUGGUCUUUCUCUUUUUCCUGCUGCUCCUCUUCUCUUUGUCUCCUUUUCCCCCUCACUCUGCUCUUCCCAUUGUUCAGGUCAUAGGUCCCAGAAGAGCUAAACGAACAGCUAAGUCUGCAGACGUGGGUGAAUGCCAGUAGAGGAAGCGAAGUGUUUUGGCUGUGAGGGCAGCGGGUCUUUGCAGGGAACCAGUGGCUGAGCAGAAGGUGGGGAGGAAGGACCGAGGGUGUAACCAAAAGAAGUCUGAAGAGGCAAUGGCUGAACGGCCGUAUCCCGGAGCGAGGGUACCACUGGCAAAUAAACAUAUAGGCAAAGGGAGACAGGGCAGAGAAAAAAGGCCUCCCCAGAAUCAACCCAACCCAACAUGCUCUUGAUUCAGGGACAGUACCAGCAAUCCUUUCUUACACGAUAGCUGCAUGCCAUCGGUCCUCCUUUGUCAAUAAGAAGUCAUCCUCUAUAUCUAAAAAUAUCUCUCCAGGAGGCGGCAACCUGUUGAGACUGUGCCUGCUACACAGAAAUGAAGGCAUUAAUUUCCAGGUCAUGCCAUUUAAACAGCUGGCAAGAAAAAGUAUUUUGCUUAGUUAAAAAAAUCAAACCAAUGAAUAAUUCUUAUGUAAUACAAUUGCACAGCCAUUUUCCUUCCAGUCCUGCUUCCCCUCCCCUUACACUUCGUGUGAUAGUGUUGCUUUAUUAAUAGUACCCAAAGAAAUGAAGUUUAUGGAGGGCAUUUUGGAGUAGGGUAGAUUUGGGUUUCUUUCAUUCUCUCUCAACUACCUGGCUUUUGCUUUCUCAUGUCUACAAAUUCCCCAAACAUGCCAAUGCCAGCUGCCAAGUCAGUGUGUCGCCACUGAAGUGCCAUCCUUGGCAGCUGAAGUUUCAUCAUUUCAUUCUCCAUUAGAUGUGACCAGAGAAAGUAUUUAUUUGUUCAUGUUGAAAAUACAAGCCUUUUGAAGCUUCCUUUUUAAGUAGAUUGGUUUAUUUCUUUUUUCUGGAAAGAUUUUCAAAUAGAGUUGUUUUGGAAAGCUUUAAAACCGUUUGACUGUGCCUACUAGGUAAGGAGGCUGAUGAACCAUUGGACAGAAGAAGGAAAUUAAAAAUAAAAACAGCUCUUGGAAAGCUAAAUGAAAAUUGAAAGCAGAAAACCAGUAACUAAAAACUAAAAGAGACCUAUAAAGAAAUCUGUGAUUUUUUUCAAAAUUUGUGAAAAAACCUUCUCAUUAAGAUAAUAAUGCUUUAGGAAAAUAACUGUUAGAUUAAAACAGCUUUGAACGCAAACUUUGUUCUUCCUCUGCAGUGCUGAGUGUGAUAGGAUAGUUGUUUCAUGUGAAUACAGGUACCUGGAGUGACCCAGGCAAACUAAAGGGUGGAGGUAUCUAGCUGGAGUCCACCAUCAGGCCCUGUGCCAUGGAAAGCAGUAUGACAGCGUCUGUGAUGAUGUACCUUUGCAUGGUCCGUGACUGUUUACAGCGUGUAUUCUUUUACAGAUACAGUUUUGAAAGAGGGCUAGCCAUAUGAUUUAAAGAAAUGGAAAUAAUUUUGCUGUUUUAUGGCCUCUCAAAGUUUUCUUUCUGCAGCUGGCAUGAAAAUAGUUCUGCCUUGAUGAAGUGUUCUCAGAUGAUGUUGGCUUACAAGCUGUAUAUGAGCCUGUGUGUUUGUCUGUGUGGCAACGGUGGAAGAGGGUUAUGAUUAUUUUUAUUUAGAACAGAAGAGUGUUAACCCUGGAUCUUUGGGCCAGUUCUGUGAUUUUCUACUUGCUAUAGCAUAGGCUCUGUAAGGUCUGUGUGGCUGUGAAGCAUCUUAAAAACUAUUGAAGUAAGUGUCUGAAGCAGCAGAUGAUCAUAUAACCUUAAUCUCAAACUGGAUGCCCAAAUAUUUCUCCAAACACCAGUUCUCUCAUCUCUGCCUCAAGUAAGGGCAAAACCCCCUUGAGAUAUUGUGAAUUUCCCUCCGUGCUACUCAGAGAACUGGAAGGAGCCCUAUGUGCUUUGAUACCCUUGAAUGGGGCACAUAGCCUCACCACGCUUUCUGUUGGCUCAGACUCUUCUUUAGAGCAGGAUUGACUCAAAAUACAUCCAGAUUCAAAUUUGCAAUCAUUAGCGUCUCCGUCUAUCCUGAGACAGAACACUCACAUCUAGUCUGAGUUUCUGCAUUUUGGGGAGGCUUUGAAAUAAUCUUUCUGAACAGAGAUUCAAGCUUUUUGACUAGUGUGUCUUUUCUAGUUGGAGGAGCAGCUAAUUAGAAAUCUGCUAGCUGUGAUCCUAACGUUAAGGGGCUUGAUGCUGUCCCUCAGAUCUGCUCUGGCAAAGUGCCUAAGCAUGUGCUUUACUUGGAGCAUGUGACUAAUCCCCUUAACUUUGAUAGACUUAUUCACAUGCUUAAAGUUAAGAAUGUGUUUUCCUGGAUGAUGUUCAGCUUCCUGCAGAGUCCAGCCCCCGCUCUUGUUUUCCUAUCCCCCCUUGUGGAUAAAGUGACACUGCUGGCCUAGCCUGAUGUACCAGUGGGUGAUUGGUCUCCCUUUCCAUGAGGUGGUAACACAGGAUCCUGUAGCUGGCAGGCUCUUUCCUGCACAUGGCCUGUCAUGUUGCACUGCUGGGACAACACAUCUCUAUGCUCCAGAACUUCACUGCAGUGAACACAGAUGUCACGAAAUGCCAGUCCUAGGGGCGCAGGAUGAAUUGGCUCAACCACUGCGAUCUGCAGGCUGAGGUUUUGUGUGUAGUGACUCUCGCUUCUUGUGCAGUGAAGCUGUCCUGUGACCGCAGCAAGUUAGCUACAAGGGGUUCUGCUGUCCAUCCCCGCCGGGGCACUGCAUACAUGAGGGGGCUACAUGGCAGGAGUCCAUGUGCUCUGUAUCUUACGGACUGUGUAGGACACCUUCUUCAAGCUAAAACUGUUUGCCUGUUAAAAUUCCUGACUCAUACUGGCCGCCUAUAUAUAUCAUCUCUCCCUUCUCCCUCUCUGCAAACACAGAACUGAUCUUCCCUAAUCUAAACAGUACAGUCCCUGCACUAGUUGGACUUUUUUUUAUAUCUUUCAUUCCACUCCAGGGACAGUCACAAGUGGAUCACAAACCACAAGUGACCAGAGCAAUUUCUUUAAAAUAUUGCUUCUGAAAAACGUCCAUUACUUUUAAAAGUGUUAUUCUAGCUGCAGUAACAAAUGAAAGGAAAAAAAACCCCCACAGCUCUCAGAGUCCUCUAAACAGAGGAUCCUCAUCCUUCCAGGAGAGAAUCAUGAGAGCAGGUAUUCUGCUUUCCUGUAGAUGCAAGUCAUUUGGGACCAUUUUUAGCUAUGGCAUGUUAGCUGUGCAGUUCAUUGGACAGUGGAUAAAAACAGCGUAGGUGAAAGAAAGAAUUGAUAUGCAGGGGGUAUCUCAGAUUCCCAAGCAUUCUGGAAGACUGUGUCUCCGUGGUUGUCCAUUUACCCACCAUGCAGCACCUCCAAAUCAGGCUCAUCCCUGGAGCCCCACUGAUAAGCAGAGCUCAGAAAAAAAAAUCACUGUAAUCUGUCCUUAAUUCCUGAGUGCCAAGCUAACUGCCAGCAGUGAAAUGGAGAGGAAAUAAUAUGUUACCAAGUAUAGUUUAAAUAAAGACAUACAUUAUUCGGGCUCUUUCUUCUGUGUGUCUCUACAUAGCCCUAUAAGGGCUAUAGGAGUGCUCAGACACAUUCACACAAACCAACACUGCAUUUCCUUGCCCCCAGGUUUUUCAGUCUUUCAUGGCCCGUACUGCUGUGCUCAGCCAGCCAGCGAGGGAAGACUCAAGGUGAAAAACUGAGACAGCUCUGAACGAUUGCCAGGCACCACUGACAGACAAGAAGUAAAAAGUGUGCAUGAAGCACAAACAGCACGUAAAGAUUAGUGAUGAAUGAAAUUCCAAGGUCAGGAACUGAGUUUCAAAAAAGCCUAAAGUUUGACUGCAAACUCCAGGCUGGAUCCAUAAGAUCUUGCUUCUGCCAAUCUAAGCUGAAAAAUCAUGAAACCAGAGCUUAGCUCAAAACUUACUGUUUUCAGGUACAGCCAGGAAUAUAAUGCAUCUGUUCCAUAGUCUGUCGAAGUCCGUAGAAUGCUUCCCCUUGGCUUCAGGAGGUUUGGAUCAGGUGCCUUAGAAAACAUUUUAGUGCUGUCGUGAUUAACACUGAAAGUGAAAUGUGUGCUUACACACUCACAAUAUCUAAUCUUUGGCUUUAGUAAGAAACAGUCAUCAGAUGUCACACACACACACACAAUUUAAGGUUUCCUGCCUGCCUGCCCCACUAAUACCCCAAUCCUACAGCUUUUUUCAGAGCCAUAGUUAGAGACUGCAAACUUUUUAAAACAAAUGACCUACUGUUGGUGCCAGGGGCUCUGACAACUCCCUGUUGACAUCUGUGGGAGAACUGGAGCUUGAUACAAUGGUGUCAUUUUAAUUGCAGUUUGCCUUGCACGUGUUUAGAUCUAACUUGGAGAAAGAGCCUAGAUGACUGCCUCAAUAUAUAGGCCACAAGAGGGAAAUGAAAUGCUGGUCACCUCUAGUAAAGCACUCCAGAAUCACAGAUCAAUUGUCCUUCCUUGCUCAGGGAAGACUUGCAAUGAAAAUAAUGGAGGCUUAGAUAGGUUAUCUCCAAGGGAAGGCAGGGGACUGGAAAAAAGGAAACCAAACAACAGUUGCUAUAGGUCAAAAUUGACGGCAUUAGUAGCAUUACAUGAGGACAAUCCAAUGUCACCUGUAGUAUCAUCAGCAGAAACUGUCUGUCCCUCAUAGGAUUGCAUUUUUAUAUUUUUCCUUCACUGAUUAGCACGCCAGCAGAGUGGCUGAAAGCGACUUCAAAAGUUUUCUCGUGUAGGGCAUAUACACACAGACACCCUCACUCCCCUCCACACCCAGACAAACACACAGGUACAUCCCACGUGAUGUGGGUGCUAGUAAGCUGUAAACAUGUGUACUAGAGAGAAAAUACACAGCAAAAUGAAGCAUAAUAGUUUGUUUUCUAUUAAAUCAGGAGUUACAAUGCAAUUCAGAUGCCAUCUGCAUCCAUGUUAGGUUGUGUGUGCAGACUGCAUGGAAACUAUCUGAUGAAGAGACAUGGGGAAGCAUAAUACAAGUGGGACAAACUGGUAUUUGCCAUCAAAUGUAUUAGAAUAUUUAGGAAAGAGUUGCCAGUGUUGUUCUGAUCCCAGAGAUGCAGGGAAAGGAAGCAGCUAAGACACAAAUAUGUGUUUCUUUCUGCCUAUCUUGCCUUUGGGCAGGUACCUCCAGCAGAAGAGGAGGCAGUGAACAGCUCAGGGCAGAAACAUCCUGAAACACUGCAGCAAGACUCUCCAGAGCUGACCAUCAGUGCUCUUCAAUACAGGGUUCCUAUAGAACUACUUCUGAUCCAGGCAGUCCCGAGCUUGCCAUCCUACCUCCAAAAACACAGUUGUGUCCACAAGUCCUUACUGUCUUCUAGUGCCAUAGACUGUGGUACUAACCACUUAUUUGUGAUAUAUACGGGUGUCGCUUUCUGAGUGUGUAAGGCUAAGGGAAAAAAAAUCUGAAGUCCCAUCAGAAGGACAGCCUUGGUAUUCACAAGACUGAUUCUCACAACCUGGUGUUGCAAGGUGCUUCUCAAACACAGAUGGCCUCAGUCACAAGAGAAAAAUCGCACCACAUCACCUCCAAAUCAGAAAACCUUUUGAUCCCCUAGUGUAAAAAUCCCACUGUGCCAAGAGGCAGCACCAUGGCAGGACACUACUCGAGUCUUAUUUCUGUUCUCUGCAGAGGGCUUGUGCGGGCUGUGGCAGCAUGAAGAUCGUUAUUGCUGCUCGGCACAGUAGGGAGCUUCACAGCCCUGUGGCUCUGAGCCCUACCUGUGGCAGCAAGGCAAAGGAAUACCUCUGUAAAGGCAAUUCCUUCCAGUGGCCUUGUUAUUUUGCCAGCUGGUCAGAAAUACCCAAACAGUGAGAGCGAUUCAGCGGUAGAAGAGAUAGAGCCAAGUCUUCAAAAAGCUGUGUGACCUGCGGGUUUUGCCCCAGUUUCAAAGUGAUGUAGACACCAAGGAGGAUGAAUUAGAUACAGUUCAAUCUCCUGGGGCCAGCCACAGAAAAAAGCCUCAGCAUCCAAUUCCUCCUUAGACAGUGAACAGAAGUAAAACACUAAAUGCCUUUGGUGCCUACAUAUAUUUUUUUAAAAAUAUAUGCUCCUAAUUUGCUUAAGCUCUUGUGACAUUUUAUCUCAAGAAUAGUUUUCAUCUGACUGUAAAGCAUAAGGCUGUAUUUUUUUGUGAAGGGUUAUUCAUUAACAAUAUAGAUCAUAAGAAAAAGGCUUGAGUAAUCAGAACAAUAAAAUAAAAGUGCAGCCUUAGACUAUUCAGUUAGGGUGUACUGAAUUAUUUAUAACUCCUGGGCACCAACAACAAUCACAGACAUCUAAUUUAAACUGUUACUAUUUUUACUCGGCAAUUUCCAUCACUUAGAGUGUUUAUAUUCAUGUAUUUGUUGUUUGAUCUUUUGCAGGACAAAAUUUCCCCUACUUAAACAGAAAAGCAUAUUUGGGGACUUUUGAAGAUAUUUUUCUGCAGUAACUUUAUUUUUCUGCAGUAACUUAAAUUAUUUUAAAGCAUUUUGAGGCCUAAUAUGACAGACAUUAGAACUUUCAAAGCUGUAAAAUGUACCUAAAAUGGGCUUGAACUUUCAGUUCUUUCUCAAGUAAAAUUCCCUUUGAUUACAGGUCAUUGGAGUCAAUGGGAAAAUUGCUUCAUUAACAGCUGUAAGACUAGGUCCUAUUUAUUGUGUAUAUGUGGUGAGGGGACUUAUGUGAGGGGGCUGUACUUAUAUGUCAGCCCACUUAAGGAUCUUUUGCGUAGACACAGGAACAGUCACUACUAAGUGUCUCCAACUUUAUACCAACCUCUUUUUGCAAAAAACAGCCAUUAUACAUGUGUGUGGCUGAAAUAUUGCAGUGGUAAAUCUAGCCCAUAGGCUGACACACAUAUACAUGUAUAUAUGUAUAUAUAUGUGUAUAUAUAUUUGUAAAUUUAUGAAAAAUGUCCAUAGCUUCAUGAUUGCCUGAAAUAACCUGAGGUUGAUGUACAGAAUUUCAGGCAAAGGACUGUUUCUUUUUCACAAUCUUCAUAUGUAUCUCAGUUUUAAAUGAAAGCAAAGUUAAAAGUACUAUUUCCCAGGAAAAUCCUCAUUCCACCAUUGUGCCAGCUGGGGAAGGGUACCACACUAAAGUCAGCAGCAUGCACAUCCACACACAUAUAUCCAAGCAUAGGACUGGGUCUCGAGGGUUUUUUAAGGAAAAGAAAUGGACUGGAAAAGCCACGGCAGAAUUUCUGUUCCGCAUUAGCUCUAUCAACAGACUCACUCACGCUUCAUUAAGAGGCCCUUUGUACAGGUGCCGUUCUUCUGCACUAGGUGUACGUUCGUGAGGAGCACCGUUGUGAACGAAGUCAAGCUACGUGAAGGCCUGGAUUUUCUGACCUGCACUCAUCCGCAUUAACCUUAGGCACUUAACGGAGCUCUUCAUGUUAAUGGGCUCAUCUCCUUUGGUUUCUUGUGUAGUUAAUAAAGAAAGACAGUAGUUUCUAGAUGGUCAACCAGUAAAAAUGACAUCGAAGUCGGCUUUAGAAGUUCCCUCUCACUCUGCAGAGUGACCACUCACCUAUCUUGCGUGGUCCCAAGAUCUUAAAAGAUCUUAAACCGUGGUGAGAUGAAUCAGGGACCUAGUGCAGAAGAACAUCCAUAUGGAGAUCAGCCAUGGCCCUGUGCUUCAGCUGCAUGGCCUGGCUGACCAUGCAAAACAGAGGUGUUAAUUGUGGAAGACUGUUGGAACAAAAGGAGAUGUUCAUGGCAGCCUUCCCCUGCCAAAUUGCAACAUGACUCCAAAUGAUAGGGCUCGCAUCAGCCCUUGGAAAUGCACGUAAGGUGAGUUCCUCGAGGUAGUCUCCAGGCAUAGACUACUGGGUGCUCCAUUCAAUGCUGGAGAUCAGAGAUCUUUGGUCUGAACUCUUCACCUUUCUCUGCCAGUCCUGGGCGUUGCUAAAGCAGUUCAAGGAGUGAAUUUACAUCCUAAAAGUUUGAAUGGCUGAGCUGUUUGAAGGUUACUUUCUUGCUCUGUCCCCAAACUGGCCUGAAAAAAGUCAUCUAGCUGGUAGAAAUAAUCAUCAAAUUCUCCUCUAAGGUACACUCUGUGUAGUUUCAUAUUUUUUUCCCUAUGUUAAUAACUGCUUUACAAACUGUUUACAUGGAGAUUAAAGAGAUUGCAGUUUCAUCCCUUAUUGUUGGGAUUAUAGUUGUCCUCAGAAAAAAACAACCUGAGGACUCAACAGGAGAAUGAACCGUGACUGCAUUAUUCAGAAAGCUGCUCUGACAAGGCUGAACGUACAUCUCCAUCUCAUGGUGAGAGUCUCUCAGAGCCAAAAUUUGGAAUCACAUAUUAAAAGCAAGUCUGUCUGGAAGGACCAGUGAUUUAAUCCAGUAUAAGAAUUCAGGAGGUCUUACAUAUUCCUAUAUUUUACCUGAAUAAAACAAACACAGUCAGAGGAGUGGGAGAAUUAAACUGAUUUCUGUAAACUCCAGAGCUAAGUGAACUUUGAAUGUUGUGCCAAGGUGUGGUCACUACUAUUUAUUUCUACGGGUAAAUGUAAGUCAGUAACUUGAUAAUCUUCACCCAUCUCUCAGAACGACUUUAUUUUUUAAAAUACUGUUAAGGUUAUGACAAGAGGGACUUUAGCUGGCCUGCAGGGACCUGUAAAGUACAAAUUCAAUACUGUGUACCAGUACUUAGGGAAAGACUUUAGCGAGAAUGGGGAAGAUAAAGCUGAGUUGCAGGGAUCAAAAGUUAUUUUUCAGCAUGGCAUCACCUUGACCAAGCUGUCCCGUUUCAUCCUGACAUUCCUCUCCUGUUCUCCCUUUCCCUUUUUUGAGGAAUCAGACAUGUGCCCCUCUCUCCCUCUCUUCCUUUUCCUCCCUCUGUGUGAGAAUAUAGAGAUGCUUCCUGUAAAGACGUUUUUCUCUAAAUCCCAUUCCAUACCAACUCUUGCAUACGUGACUGUUUUGUUAUUUGAGAUGUCUGUGAAAAAGAAAUAAAGGCUUUAAGGGUGAAUUCUGGAAAUAAGGAGCUUGAGAAUAAAUCAAAUUUAAGGAUGCAGCACCAUUUUCUGCAUGAUUUUUCAGACUGUUCCUAAAUUCUCGUCAUUGCCCUCCUGCCCUUCCUCUCUGUGAGACAGAUGAGGAGGGUUCUGGGAUGUGGGACUCUCAAAGGUUGCUCGUUUCGUUGUCAACUCACUGUGCCCCAUAAGGGUUUUGCAGACUUUUCAGAGUUUUACUGUCAAAGGAAACCUCCUUUUCAAAGGUGACAAAGUCAAUGUGCAACACUGUGUGGGAGGAGGCUCUAAAGGGUGAUUCUGUCCCAGUUCAUCUUUCUUUCCCGUAUCUUUACAACAGCGCUGCGUGUCCAGCCAUGCACACUCUCCUCGCUGCCAGGCUGACUUUGCCAAGGGUGCAGCUUGCCAAGGGAGGCCUGCCUGGCCCCUCAGCCCCAUGCUGCACUUGGAUUAUCUUCUUGGAUAAUCUUCCGCUUUCUCUUAAAACAGAACCGUCUCACCUGCUAAUGAAAGCCAUAACCUGCUCCUGCGAUGCUGCAGCAGGGAGAGAAGGCACAGCCUCCCGUGGGACAGCAGCAAUGCCUGGCACUGGGGUGAUCCGAGGCAGUAGGCAGGAGGAGGGAUGGAGCUCACAUGGCCACCUCACAUCAGAGAGCUAAAGCAUCACCUUGCCCUGCCAGCUCCACCGUGCCGCUCACGAACCACUCAGCCAGUUCAGAGGGUGGGUCUGACUCCUCGCUGACUCAACUCCUAUGGCAAAACAUGGCCAGGCUGUGUGAAGGUACUAGCGUUUUGCACAAAGGUCAGUGAGAAAUGAGACUCGCUGGACUCUUGUCCCCACACAGCAGGUACAUCUCAGGCAGAUAUUUGCUCUUUAGGAUUUCUUCUGCCACAAGUAAUAUUCACCCUAGUCAUGAGCUGCCACACUGGCCAAAAGUUUUUGGAAGGUUCCCUUUCCUUGGCUCCUUCAUUGGUCCUUUUUUCCUUAAGAAGCAUCUUCUUGCUCAGAAGAAAUUAAACAACUCCCAUAACCAUCCUUUGGUGAUGACAAAAGUCACAGUCACCACUGUCUCCAAUUGACACUUUGAGAGGCUUAGGAUAAUAAUUCACUUAAAUGCUUGUGAAUUGAAGUACGUCAGCCCUUUUCUAGGACUUUCCCAAGUAAAAUGAGAUGACUGGUACAAGACAUUUGUCAAUGAGAUGCAUCUUGGCCAGAUGUUUAUGUUUCCUCUAAGUGCAGUACACACGUAUCAAAGCUGGAUUAAAAAAGACCUAGAAUGCCACAAUACUCAGGCAUAAUCAGAGAAAUGCAUUCAUACGUUGCAUUUAUCUGGCAUAUUUUCUCUUCAGAAAAUUUUACAGGUAUAAGUCACACCAGACCUGUCUCAGGCAGGUUUGUAUUAUAGCCAUUGUAGAGAUGGGAAGCCAAAAGCCUGGCAAAAGACCUGAUGCUUAGUGGUUUGAUGCCCCCUUGCAGCUUCUGCUAGCUGCAGGUGGAGUCUUCUGUUUUCAGCACUUCUUAAAAUCCAGACUGUAGCUGGUUUAUCCAAAUCUGCAAUGGUUUAAAUGUGAAAGCCAGGAUUAGAACACUCAGGAUCCUGACUUCAUCAGAGCACUGCUACAGAGCUUUGAUCCCACAAAGCACUUGCCCAAUUUCGAGCAUGAAUGUCACACUAAUGAUGUUAUUGCCAUGCUUAAAGCUAGGUACAUGCCUAAUUGCUUUGCUAGGUUGGGAAUUACAUUGAAAUAUAUUAAACUAGCAUAUUUAGAACAUCCAAAAAUGUUUCAAUUUCUGGAAUUUUUCAGGCAUUGUCAAGGAUAUUUGAACUGUGUAUGCAGCCGCUCAACCAACUGGACCACUUUUUAGCCAAUUUGCGCAGAGUUUAAUGCAUAUAAUAAAAAAAAUAAGAGUUUGUGUAGUAACAUCCAGUUGUCAGAAGUAAUUGAGACUGGCAUGUCCUGUGAGGUUCAGACUUCAGUGCUGCUGCAAGAGGCAAAGUGGCUCCUGCAGCCAUCGGUGCUAACGAUACAUCAACAAUAAGUGACUAUUACGUUAGGCUGUUCUGGUAAGAUGUGAGUGUGGUGGCUAAUUUCACAAGUAAUGUGACAUCUUAUCAAUGUAUUGUACUUUUCCAUUUCUUCCUGUAAACUGUUGCAGGAGAGGUGAACAGAGGUUGUUUAAACAUGAAACAAACCCAAACUUCUUGUUCCUUUAAUCCAAGGUGCUAAUCUGCAGACCCAUGGGUGUUCAUGUACAUGCAUUGGUGUUUGCUCAACCAUGGCCCUGAAGGAUCAUUUUAGUGGCAGCAUUGAGAUCAGGGAGCUAACAGGGGGAAAGAACAAACCCCUGUAACUUCGAAAGACAAAAGUUGCAGAAAGCAUCACAACUGCCGAAAAACUGGCUACAUAUUACAAUUUUCCUUUUGUUUUGAUUUUGUUUGCUUUUGGUUUUAUCCAGAUUGGCAAAGAAUACUGUAUUUCCAUUGAUUAAAAUCUUGUCUGGUAACUAACUAAAGAACUUGUUCAUGGAAAAUUUAAAAAUAAAUAAGUAAACUGUCAGUUGUGG